UGCCUGGACUUUGGAAAGGUUGAGGCAGUGCUUGUUCCCUACGGCUGCUGGAGGCCUCUGUGCUGCAGCUUCCCACUUAAUGAAAGAUGUCAGCAGUUGGAGCAGUGUUCUCCUGCUCCUGUCUCCGUUCUGGUUUGUGGCUGCUGAAACCAGGAAUGCAGCAGAUGAGCUCCUUACACACAGCAGCCAGGUGUGCUGUCAGGGAUUAUUAUGAAGUUCUUGUGUUGGGCGGAGGCGCUGGUGGCAUCUCCAUGAGUGCUCGCAUGAAGAGGAGAGUGGGGGCAGAAAAUGUGGCUGUUGUUGAGCCAAGUAAGACUCAUUACUAUCAGCCCCUGUGGACCCUGGUUGGUGGUGGUGCAAAGCAGCUGGCAGCUUCUGCACGUCCCACGGAAAGUCUAAUUCCUUCAGGUGUUGAGUGGAUCAAAUCUCAAGUUACAGCAUUGAAUCCAGAUAAGAACUAUGUCUGUCUGGAGGAUGACAUCAAGGUAUCUUACAAGUAUCUGAUAAUUGCUCUUGGAAUUAGUCUGCAUUAUGAAAAGAUCAAAGGCUUGCCUGAAGGUUUUAAACACCCUAAAAUAGGUUCCAAUUAUUCAGUCCAGACAGUAGAGAAAACAUGGAGAGCUUUACAAGAUUUUAAAGAAGGAAAUGCUAUCUUCACUUUUCCAAAUACUCCAGUGAAAUGUGCAGGGGCUCCUCAGAAGAUUAUGUAUUUAGCAGAUGCAUAUCUGAGAAAAACAGGAAAACGUUCCAAAGCAAACAUCAUAUUCAACACCUCACUUGGUGUGAUUUUUGGUGUUAAGAAAUAUGCUGAUGCAUUGCUUGAAAUAAUAAAGGACAAGAACAUUGUUGUUAACUACAAGCGCAACCUCAUCGAAGUUCGAGCAGACAAGCAAGAAGCUGUGUUUGAAAAGUUGGACAUACCUGGAGAGACUGAAAUUUUUCAGUAUGAAAUGCUUCAUGUCACACCCCCAAUGGGGCCACCUGCUGUACUCAUCGACAGUCCUGUCUCUGAUGCAAGUGGCUGGGUGGAUGUGGAUAAGGAGACUCUACAACAUAAAAAAUAUCCUAAUGUCUUUGGUAUUGGAGACUGCACCAACCUUCCAACAUCAAAAACUGCUGCAGCUGUAGCUGCACAGUCCGGAGUCCUUGACAAAACCAUUUCUCUGGUAAUGAAGAACAAGUUGCCAGUUAAAAAGUAUGAUGGAUACACAUCCUGCCCACUAGUGACAGCCUACAACAAGGUGAUUCUGGCAGAGUUUGACUACAAUGGUCAGCCUUUGGAGACCUUUCCCAUUGACCAGAGUAAGGAGAGAACCACCAUGUACCACAUGAAAGCUGAUAUGAUGCCUCUGCUCUAUUGGAAUGCACUACUUAAGGGAUACUGGGGAGGACCAGCUCCUGUCAGGAAGAUGAUGCAUCUGAGCUUGAAGUAACUGCUGCUUCUCAGCAUUGGUCAAAACUUUCCAAAGAAGUGGACUGGUUUCACAUGGGAUCAGUACAUAUCUUCCCUCUUUGAAUACCUGGCAGACAUUUUUUUUAAAAUCAAGCUUUGGUCAAUAAUUUACUUUUCCUCCUACUAUAGAUUAAAGCCUCUUUAGUGCUCUUUUCAUGCUCUUUUAUGUCAACUGAGGCCUUGAACUAUUUCUGUAUUUGCACAGGAAUCUGACCUUGCCUUACCUUACAGAUUACUACAGGAAUUGCUACAACAAUAAAUACUUUCAAAGCUAUUCUGUAUGCAAAAUUUUCUUCCUGAACCUAAACUGAUUUGUCUGCAUCCAAAAUCAAUGCAUGCACUGGAUUUAACAGUUAUUCAGUGCUAGUAAAAUGGCCUGAAAGCCUCCAGUUCUCUUAUUUUUGAAGAACAUAAAUCCUAAUCUCUAAGCAUACCUGCUACCUAAUUCUUAGAGGAAUGCAUGCUGAGUUUUGAAAGCAAAGAAGUCAAAGCAGUGUGUGUAUAUAGACACACACACUCUCCUAAGAUAGCUGAACCACUU